AUGUGCAACUCCUGUUGCGGCUCCGUCUGCUCUGAGCAGGGCUGUGACACCAUGUGCAACUCCUGUUGUGGCUCCGUCUGCUCUGAGCAGGGCUGUGGCCAGGAGGCCUGCUGCCAGCCCAGCUGCAUGCAGACCACCUGCUGCAGGACCACCUGCUGCCGCCCCAGCUGCUGCGUGUCCAGCUGCUGCAGGCCCCAGAGCUGCCAGUCUAUGUGCUGCCAGCCCACCUGCUGCCGCCCCAGUUGCUGCAUCUCCAGCUGCUGCCGCCCCACCUGCUGCAGACCCCAGUGCUGCAUCUCCAGCUGCUGCCGCCCCACCUGCUGCAGACCCCAGUGCUGCAUCUCCAGCUGCUGCCGCCCCACCUGCUGCCGCCCCAGUUGCUGCAUCUCCAGCUGCUGCCGCCCCACCUGCUGCAGGCCCCAAUGCUGCAUCUCCAGCUGCUGCCGGCCCACCUGCUGCAGGCCCCAAUGCUGCAUCUCCAGCUGCUGCCGCCCCACCUGCUGCAGGCCCCAGUGCUGCAUCUCCAGCUGCUGCCGCCCCACCUGCUGCAGGCCCCAGUGCUGCAUCUCCAGCUGCUGCCGCCCCACCUGCUGCCGCCCCAGUUGCUGCAUCUCCAGCUGCUGCCGCCCCACCUGCUGCAGACCCCAGUGUUGCAUCUCCAGCUGCUGCAGACCCCAGUGCUGCAUCUCCAGCUGCUGCAGACCCCAGUGCUGCAUCUCCAGCUGCUGCCGCCCCACCUGUUCUAGCUGUUCUUGCUGCUGA